CAAGAGCCACGAUCCAACGUCAGAUUUCGAUAACGUUACAAUUUAACUUCCCACUCAUUUCAGAUUAUAUACAUCUCUCACUCAUUUUAUUCUUUUAUUCCAUGUUGUUUCACUAUAGCACACUGUCAAAAUGGCACUCAAUCGAGUUGCCCCCGAGAUUCUCCUCGAAAUCUUCAACCAUGUCGAUCAUGAAGAUCUGCGAAAACUUUGCGCCGUGUCUCAUCGCCUAAUGUCUGCAUUUGAACAUCAAACAUACUCAAUCAUCGAAUUAAACGAAACCUCACAAUCUGGAAGUGCCUUAUUGGCUCUCGCAUCUGGACCUCGAAGGGAUAUCGUUCGCGAAAUUCGGUACAACCCUCAUCAUCCUUGGCCAGCUCGAGACAGGAGACACAAGCCUGAGAUCAAGCUCAGUGAUGAGACUCGAACAGCACUACAAUCUCUUACUUUUUUCCCGUCCUUGGACAAAUUUAAAUUCGACCUGAGUCACUGGGAGUUAUCGGAAUGGGCUCUGUCACCACAGUGUUUGAACCGUUGGGAGUUUCAUCUAUGGCAUGGAAAACACGAUACAGAGCCUUGGAGAGUUCUUAUCGAAGGGAGUCUACUGGCGUUAAGCAAAAGUGCGCGUUCCUUUUCUCGACUUGAGAUCGAUAGUCUUCCGCCAACUGGGCGAGAAGCAUAUCGUGCAUGUGAGUCAGAAACGUGGAAAGAUCUUCUUAAACACCUGGCGUCGUUUGAGAUGACACUUGCUGGUGUCGGAUACAUGGGACAUGGCGGGAGUUACAUGUAUGGAAAGAUGACUUCAGCACACCAGGCGUUCAUAACUCUCUUCCCGGAGAUGUUUCUGGAGAAUCUGCAUAAUGUUCAGGUCUUGCGACUCACUGGGAAGAUGAAUGCAGUCAUGGGCAAUGAGCAACUUGUGGAACCCAUAAACUGGGCAUCUCCGUCUAUCAAUCUACCGUGCCUGACAACAUUAGAACUGGAUUACUCUCAGAUCUCGAGCCAGCUCUUUGCCUUUCUUUCCAAACAUGCAGGGACACUCGAGAAGAUCAGUCUGCGGAACUGUAUAGCCCCAGCCAAGCAAAUCUGGACCAACAUCAUCAACCUCUUCCUCGACAGACAGCCCAAACAGCUGCUUGAAUUUACGACCACGGCGCGUCCAGUGCAUAAACGCAUUGGGGAUCCCUUUGCUGAUACUUUAGACGGAUUGGAUGUCAAAAUGAGGAGGUUCGUGGUUGGACUAGCAAAUCAUGAUAUCGUACCAGUAGAGGAGUGGGCCGCUGUCAGUGAUAAUGAUCCGGAACUUGACGAGUCUGAUGUUUGCAAGUUGUGGGACCAACUUGAGGAGAUGUUGGAGCGGAAUAGGUGCCAUGCGCGAGGCUUGUUGCAGGAAGCUAGCCGUUAGCACGGACAUGAGCAAACAUUCAUGAAGCCAUCACGAGCGAGUUGCAUUGGCCUCUGCUUGCACGAGUUGCUUGAACCUUGAGUAUUCUAAGCUUCUAGUAUAUACUUCUAAAUAUAGUCAUUUUAUCAUAAGCGCAAACAAGCAUAUGGAACAGGUAUCAUCGCUAAGCCCAGAAAUACAAACACUUUGAUGUGAUCACCCAUCCCAUCUC